AUGGGGCCCGACGGGACCCGCGGCCACGGGAACGCCGGAGGGAGCGGCACCGGCAGCGACCGGGACCGGGAUCGGCACCGAGAUCAGCACCGGGAUCGGGAUCGGCAGCGACCGGGAUCGGCACCGAGAUCAGCACCGGGACCGGGAUCGGGAUCGGCACCGGCAGCGACCGGGACCGGGAUCGGGACCGAGAUCAGCACCGGGACCGGGAUCGGGAUCGGCACCGGGACCCGCCGGAGCUCCCGGAUCCCUCCGAGCGCCGGCUCCGCUCCCGGUGAGCUCCGGGACACGAACCGCGCUUGGAAAUCCGGGACAGAGCCCGGGACCAGCGGGAAGGAACCGGGAAAGGCCGGGAUGGGACCCGGCAGCGCCGGGAGAAGAGCGGGACCGGCCGCGCGCGGCUCCGGGACCGGCGGGAGCGGCUCCGGGACCGGCGGGAUCCUCCUGCUCCUCCUGGAGCGGCGGCGGCGACACCGAGCACAGGACCCUCCCCCGUGCCCCCAGGACCAUCUCCUGUGCGGCGACGGCUCGUGCCUGUCGCGACAUUUCGCCUGCGACGGCGAUCGCGAUUGUCCCGACGGGCGGGACGAGCUGGGCUGCGCCCCUCCCCCCUCGGCGCCGCCCUCCCCUCCCCCCCCCUGCCCCCCUCCUCGUUCCGCUGUCGCGACGGGAGCUGCAUCCCGCGCCUCUGGAGCUGCGACGGCGAUCGCGACUGUCGCGACGGGGAGGAUGAGGGGGAGGGGCUGUGCGGGCCCCCCCGGCCCCCCCGCGCCUGCCCCCCCCCUGCAGUUCUCCUGCGGGUCCGGCGAGUGCCUCACCCGGAGGUGGCGCUGCGACGGGACCCCCGACUGUCGCGAUAGUUCCGAUGAGGAGGGGUGCGCCCCGCCCCCGCCGUGCCCCCCCGGGCAGCUCCUCUGUCGCGACAGGCGCUGCAUCCCGCGGCGCGCGCCUGCGACGGGACCCCCGACUGUCGCGACGGGGACGACGAGGAGGCGUGUCCCGAUGCCCCGUCGUGCCCCCCCCCCGCACCGGUUCCGCUGCCGCUCGGGGGAGUGUAUCGCGAUAGCGCAGGUCUGCGAUGGGCGGCGCCACUGUCGCGACUGGUCCGACGAGCCGCUCAAGGAGUGCGGGGUGAACGAGUGCCUGGCGGGGGCCGGGGGCUGCUCCCACGGCUGCCGGGACCUGCGGCUGGGCCACGAGUGCCUGUGCCCGCCCGGGCUGGGGCUGGAGCCCGACAACCGCACGUGCCACG